AUGUCGUUACCAGAAUGGGCUUUCCUGUUAGCACUGUGCUUUGUCCAUCAGAUAGGAGGUCAGAUUGGAAUCCAAAUAGGAGGCAAAUUCUCUGGGGGUCUUCUACAAAACCAAAACGCUUCUCUCACAGUUUCAGCCAAGUUGAACAUCAUCCCAUCAAUGCUGACAAAUCUAAUAGUAACACCCUCAAAUCCUGCUCACAAUGGCCGUGUAUGCAGCACUUGGGGCAACUUCCACUUCAAGACCUUUGAUGGAGACAUAUUCGAUUUCCCUGGGCUCUGUAAUUAUGUUUUUGCCUCCCAUUGCAACACUCCCUAUGAGGACUUCAACAUCCAGAUUAGGCGUGAAGUGGUGGCAAAUGCUCCAACAAUCAACCAUAUCACCAUGAAGCUUGAAGGUGUAGUUGCUGAACUAACAAAGGGUGCUGUCAUGAUCAACAGCAACAGAGUUCAGCUGCCAUAUAGUCAAUCUGGCAUUACGAUAGAGAAAAGCAGCAUUUACGUGAAAGUUGGCAGCAAAAUCGGUGUUGUGUUAUUAUGGAAUGAAGAUGACAGCAUCCUGCUGGAAUUGAAUGAGAAAUAUGCCAAUCAGACUUGUGGACUUUGCGGGGACUUCAAUGGCCUUCCAAUUUACAAUGAGUUCUUUUCAAACAAUAUUAGGAUGUCUGCCUUGCAAUUUGGAAAUAUGCACAAAAUGGAUGGGCCAACAGAACACUGUGAAGACCCCACUUCUACCCUGCCAUCUAAUUGCUCUGAUAAUCUUGAUGACAUAUGCCAGAAAACAUUGACCAGCUCUGCAUUUGCAGAAUGUAAUGACCUUGUUGAUGUUAGAGAGUACAUUACAGCUUGCCAAGAUGACUUGUGCCGCUCUGAAGAAUCUAAAAAUGCCUCAUGUAUUUGUGACACCUUUGCUGAAUACUCCCGGCAGUGUGCUCAUGCUGGUGGGCAGCCCCUGAACUGGAGAACCUCAAAACUGUGCUCCAAGAAGUGUCCUUACAACAUGCAGUACGAGGAGUGCAACUCCCCCUGUGCUGAUACAUGCACGAAUCCUGAACGAUCUCAGUUUUGUGAAGAACACUGUAUUGAUGGUUGUUUCUGCCCCCCAGGGACUGUAUUUGAUGACAUCAACAAUUCUGGCUGCAUUCCCCAGCAGCAGUGCUCCUGUAUUUACAAUGGCAACACCUACGCUACAGGAGCUUCUUUUUCAGAGCCGUGCCAGACCUGUACCUGCAAUGGAGGCCAGUGGAGCUGCCAAGACAUGUCAUGCCCAGGAAUAUGUUCAGUAGAAGGAGGUUCACACAUUUCCACAUAUGAUAAAAAACGUUAUGAUCACCACGGAGACUGCACCUACGUCCUUUCUAAGGACUGCAAAGAUGAAACAUUCACCAUCCUGGUAGACCUACGCAAAUGUGGCCUAACAGACACUGAGACAUGCUUAAAGACCGUGACCCUCAACAUGAAUAAAGGACAAACUGUCAUUGAGGUCAGACCUGAUCGUAGUGUGUUUGUGAACUCAAUCUACACCCAGCUGCCCAUGUCAGCAGCUAAUGUCACCAUGUUCAGACCUUCAUCAUUCUUCAUGAUCAUGCAGACAAACUCUGGGGUCCACCUUGAAAUCCAGUUCAUACCUAUAAUGCAAGUGUUUGUGCGACUGGAUCCUAUUUUCAAAGAUCAGACUUGUGGUCUCUGUGGAAACUUCAAUAAUAUCCAAACUGAUGACUUCAAGGUCAUAAGUGGAAUAAUUGAAGGAACAGCAACAGCAUUUGCUAAUACAUGGAAAACUCAGGCUUCAUGCCCCAAUAUCCAGCAGAGUUUUGAAAACCCUUGUGCACUCAGCAUUGAUAAUGAAAAAUACGCUCAGUAUUGGUGUGGACUGCUAACUAACAGCACAGGACCUUUUGCUGAUUGCCACUAUGCAGUGAAUCCCGCUGUUUACCACACGAACUGCAUGUUUGACACAUGUAACUGUGAAAAUAGUGAGGACUGUCUGUGUGCAGCCCUGUCUUCCUAUGUGAGAGCUUGUGCUGCAAAAGGAAUCCAGCUGCAGGGAUGGAGGACUGAUGUCUGCACAAAAUACACCACCUCAUGUCCCAAAUCCCUAAGCUACAGCUAUACCAUCUCUUCCUGUCCACCCACUUGUCGGUCUCUGAGUGAGCCUGAUGUCACAUGCAACAUUAAGUUUGUCCCAGUUGACGGCUGCACCUGCAUAAACGGAACCUACAUGGAUGAGAGUGGCAAAUGUGUGCCUGCUACUGAAUGCCCCUGCUACUACAGAGGAUCUCCCAUACCAUUUGGAGAAGUUGUCCAUGAAAAUGGGCAAGUAUGCUCUUGUGUCCAGGGAAGACUGAAUUGCAUUGGAGCACCAAAUCCAACUCCAGUCUGUGAAUCUCCCAUGGUCUACUUUGACUGUAGAAACAUCACUGCAGGAAAAACUGGAGCAGAAUGUCAAAAAAGUUGCCAGACUCUGGAUAUGCAGUGUUAUAGCUCACAAUGUACAUCUGGCUGCAUGUGCCCGAAUGGGCUUGUGUUAGAUGGAAAUGGUGGUUGUAUUCCUGAAGAUGAAUGUCCUUGCAUUCACAAUGAAGCCAUGUAUCAGCCUGGGGAAAAGAUCAACUCUGACUGUAACACCUGUGUAUGCAAGAAUAGGAAGUGGGAAUGUACCAAAAAUCAGUGUCUGGGCACUUGUGCUGUUUAUGGAGAUGGUCAUUAUAAUACCUUUGAUGACAAAACGUUCAGCUUCAAUGGAAAUUGUGAAUACACACUAGUGCAGGACCACUGUGGCUCAGCCAACGGGACCUUCAGGGUUGUCACUGAAAAUAUUCCUUGUGGCAACACUGGGACAACUUGCUCAAAAUCCAUCAAAGUCUUCUUAGAGAGCUAUGAACUGAUACUUGGUGAAGAACAUGUCAGUGUAGUAAAGAGAGGACAAAAUGAUGAGGUGCCAUACACAAUCCGCUAUAUGGGUAUGUACUUGGUAAUUGAGACCACAAGCGGACUGAUCCUCAUGUGGGACAAGAAAACCAGCAUCUUCAUCAAGCUCAGCCCUGAUUUUAAGGGCCAGAUCUGUGGCCUCUGUGGAAAUUAUGAUGGCAACAGCAUCAAUGACUUUACUACAAGGAGUCAGUCUGUAGUAGAGAAUGUCCUAGAGUUUGGAAACAGCUGGAAAGUAUCCUCUACAUGUCCUGAUGCUAACGACAUCAAGGACCCAUGUUCUACCAACCCUUACCGAAAGUCCUGGUCAGAGAAGCAGUGUAGCAUCAUCAACAGCAACGUCUUUGCUGCCUGUCACUCUCAGGUUGAACCAGCAAAAUAUUACCAAGCAUGUGUGACAGAUGCUUGUGCCUGUGACAGUGGAGGAGAUUGUGAUUGCUUCUGUACAGCAGUAGCUGCCUAUGCCCAAGCAUGCAGUGAAGUUGGUGUAUGCGUAGCCUGGAGAAGCCCAUCAAUUUGUCCACUGUUCUGUGAUUACUACAAUCAACAAGGAGAAUGUGAAUGGCACUAUAAGCCUUGUGGAGCCUCCUGUAUGAAGACCUGUAGGAACCCAAGUGGAAAAUGCCUCAAUGACUUGCCAGGUUUAGAAGGCUGCUACCCUAACUGCCCACCAGACAAGCCAUAUUUCCAUGAGGAUCAGAUGAAGUGUGUUAGUCUCUGUGACUGUUAUGAUGAUGAAGAUGGAAAGAUAUAUAAACGAGAUGAAUGUAAUAUAUGUGAGUGCACAUCAGAAGGUUUACAGUGCAAGUUUGAUGAUAAAGCCUGCCACUGCAUUUAUGAAGGAAAUAGCUAUAAAUAUGGUGAACUCAUCUAUAACACCACGGAUGGAACUGGAUGGUGUUUCAGUGCAACAUGCGAUGUCAAUGGAACAAUAAGCAGGAACAUCUUUAAAUGUGGCAUUUUUACAACAACCCCAUUUACAUUUUCUACAAGUCAGCCUACAACUACUACUUCAGGAACUGCAACACCAGUGACAACUGUAUGUGUGAAAAAUGUGUGUACCUGGUCAGAAUGGUAUGAUUCUACUCAGCCUGAAAACGAAGAGGACAGUGGAGAUUAUGAAACAUUUGAAAGUCUCAAGCAAAAAGGAUACAGUGUGUGUACAAACCCUAAUGGUGUUCAAUGCAGAGCCAAAGAACACCCGGAUACAGAAAUUAACCACCUUAACCAAACAAUACAGUGUAGUCAAAGCAGAGGAUUAAUAUGCAAUAACCAGGACCAAGAAUCUAAGCAGUGCUAUAAUUAUGAAAUCAGAAUAUCAUGCUGCAGAUACAUACCAUGUUCUGAAAUACAAUCUACAACACCAAUAACCACAAGAGAAUUCACAACAACUACUGCUGUAGAAUCAACACAAUUCACAGUACAGACAAAGAUAAAACCGACAACACAAAAACAAGAAACCGAAGUGCAAAAGAGUGAAGUAACUACAACAUCACCAAAUGACAGAGAAAAAACAACUACUGUGACUGAAACUUCAGUUACAGCAAGAACAUCUCAAAUCUCAACAACAGGUUACCAAACCACAUCUCCUAUAGCAGAAACCUCCACUGUGACAACCCAGGCUCCAACAACACCCAAUACCAUCUCCACUCUCCCUGAAUCAAAAACAAAAAUCACUGCUGGCACCACAGCUGUCUCCGGUACUACUGCCCUGCCAACACAAGGCACAACUGUCCCAACACUCACACCAACAGUGCCCAACCCAGCCACUGGCACUGCCAGCACCUCUACAACCACCACCGGCAGCACGAAAACCCCUACAGCAGCAACCCUUCCGAAUGUAUUAUCCACUAUUGCUAUUCAAACAACAAUAUCAUCCACUACUGCUUCCACAACUCCUGAAGCACUUCCCCAAAAAGAAAAGACAACCACUGGAAGCACAACAGGUGCGCUGAGGACCAGUGCCCAGACAAAUGAAGGCACAACCACCAUGAUCACACCCACACCAACAGAGCCCACACCAGCCACCAGCACAGCCAGCACCUCCAGGACCACAGUGGGAAGCACCACAACACCCUCAGCCAAAACUGCUCCAGGAGAAACCUCCACUGUGGCAACCCAGGCUCCGACUUCUGCCACAACCGCUUCCAGAACUCCUGAAGAAAAAAUAGGAAGCACUGCUGCCACCACGGCUGUCCCCACCACCACACGCCCAACGAAUGAAGGCACGACCGUCAUCGCAACCACCACCAGGACCUCUCCCCCUCAGACUGAAGGCACAACCACCAUCAUCGUCACACCCACACCAACAGUGCCCACGUCAGCAACCACCAUUAUUGCCAGUACCUCCAAGACCACAGACAACUGUGAGGAGCGCUGUGCCUGGACACAGUGGUUUGAUGUGGACUCCCCUACACCUGGUAACCAAAAUGGAGACUUUGAGACAUUUGAAAAUAUACGAGCUGCUGGUUAUUCACUGUGCGACAAGCCACAAAACAUCAAGUGCCGUGCUAAAGAUUACCCUGACAGAAUUGUGCAAAUAAUGGAACAAAAAUUUCAGUGCAGCCUUGACACUGGGCUUGUAUGCAGAAAUAAGGAUCAGACUGUCAAGUACCCAAUGUGCUUUGACUAUGAGGUCUCAGUGUUCUGCUGUGACCGUAAACACUGCCAGACAACAUCAGCGAUCCCAGAGACCACAGUAAAGACCACCACCACAUACUACCCUCCAGAAACCACCACAGCAGCAACCCAAACUGCACCAUUAACAACUACUCGCUCAGCACUUCCCCAACGACAAAACACAACCACUGGAAGCACAACAGCUGCGCUGAGAACCAGUGCCCAGACAACUGAAGGCACCACCACUAUCAUCACACCCACACCAACAGUGCCCACACCAGCCACCAGCACAGCCAGCACCACCAGGACCACAGUGGGAAGCACCACAACACCCUCAGCCAAAACUGCUCCAGGAGAAACCUCCACUGUGGCAACCCAGGCUCCGACUUCUGCCACAACCGCUUCCAGAACUCCUGAAGAAAAAAUAAGAAGCACUGCUGCCACCACGGCUGUCCCCACCACCACACGCCCAACGAAUGAAGGCACGACCGUCAUCGCAACCACCACCAGGACCUCUCCCCCUCAGACUGAAGGCACAACCACCAUCAUCGUCACACCCACACCAACAGUGCCCACACCAGCCACCAGCACAGCCAGCACCUCCAGGACCACGGUGGGAAGCACCACAACACCCUCAGCCAAAACUGCGCCAGGAGAAACCUCCACUGUGGCAACCCAGGCUCCGACUUCUGCCACAACCGCUUCCAGAACUCCUGAAGAAAAAAUAAGAAGCACUGCUGCCACCACGGCUGUCCCCACCACCACACGCCCAACGAAUGAAGGCACGACCGUCAUCGCAACCACCACCAGGACCUCUCCCCCUCAGACUGAAGGCACAACCACCAUCAUCGUCACACCCACACCAACAGUGCCCACACCAGCCACCAGCACAGCCAGCACCUCCAGGACCACGGUGGGAAGCACCACAACACCCUCAGCCAAAACUGCGCCAGGAGAAACCUCCACUGUGGCAACCCAGGCUCCGACUUCUGCCACAACCGCUUCCAGAACUCCUGAAGAAAAAAUAAGAAGCACUGCUGCCACCACGGCUGUCCCCACCACCACACGCCCAACGAAUGAAGGCACGACCGUCAUCGCAACCACCACCAGGACCUCUCCCCCUCAGACUGAAGGCACAACCACCAUCAUCGUCACACCCACACCAACAGUGCCCACACCAGCCACCAGCACAGCCAGCACCUCCAGGACCACGGUGGGAAGCACCACAACACCCUCAGCCAAAACUGCGCCAGGAGAAACCUCCACUGUGGCAACCCAGGCUCCGACUUCUGCCACAACCGCUUCCAGAACUCCUGAAGAAAAAAUAAGAAGCACUGCUGCCACCACGGCUGUCCCCACCACCACACGCCCAACGAAUGAAGGCACAACCGUCAUCGCAACCACCACCAGGACCUCUCCCCCUCAGACUGAAGGCACAACCACCAUCAUCGUCACACCCACACCAACAGUGCCCACACCAGCCACCAGCACAGCCAGCACCUCCAGGACCACGGUGGGAAGCACCACAACACCCUCAGCCAAAACUGCUCCAGGAGAAACCUCCACUGUGGCAACCCAGGCUCCGACUUCUGCCACAACCGCUUCCAGAACUCCUGAAGAAAAAAUAAGAAGCACUGCUGCCACCACGGCUGUCCCCACCACCACACGCCCAACGAAUGAAGGCACGACCGUCAUCGCAACCACCACCAGGACCUCUCCCCCUCAGACUGAAGGCACAACCACCAUCAUCGUCACACCCACACCAACAGUGCCCACACCAGCCACCAGCACAGCCAGCACCUCCAGGACCACGGUGGGAAGCACCACAACACCCUCAGCCAAAACUGCGCCAGGAGAAACCUCCACUGUGGCAACCCAGGCUCCGACUUCUGCCACAACCGCUUCCAGAACUCCUGAAGAAAAAAUAAGAAGCACUGCUGCCACCACGGCUGUCCCCACCACCACACGCCCAACGAAUGAAGGCACGACCGUCAUCGCAACCACCACCAGGACCUCUCCCCCUCAGACUGAAGGCACAACCACCAUCAUCGUCACACCCACACCAACAGUGCCCACGUCAGCAACCACCAUUAUUGCCAGUACCUCCAAGACCACAGACAACUGUGAGGAGCGCUGUGCCUGGACACAGUGGUUUGAUGUGCACUCCCCUACACCUGGUAACCAAAAUGGAGAUUUUGAGACAUUUGAAAAUAUACGAGCUGCUGGUUAUUCACUGUGCGACAAGCCACAAAACAUCAAGUGCCGUGCUAAAGAUUACCCUGACAGAAUUGUGCAAAUAAUGGAACAAAAAUUUCAGUGCAGCCUUGACACUGGGCUUGUAUGCAGAAAUAAGGAUCAGACUGUCAAGUACCCAAUGUGCUUUGACUAUGAGGUCUCAGUGUUCUGCUGUGACCGUAAACACUGCCAGACAACAUCAGCGAUCCCAGAGACCACAGUAAAGACCACCACCACAUACUACCCUCCAGAAACCACCACAGCAGCAACCCAAACUGCACCAUUAACAACUACUCGCUCAGCACUUCCCCAACGACAAAACACAACCACUGGAAGCACAACAGCUGCGCUGAGGACCAGUGCCCAGACAACUGAAGGCACCACCACUAUCAUCACACCCACACCAACAGUGCCCACACCAGCCACCAGCACAGCCAGCACCACCAGGACCACAGUGGGAAGCACCACAACACCCUCAGCCAAAACUGCGCCAGGAGAAACCUCCACUGUGGCAACCCAGGCUCCGACUUCUGCCACAACCGCUUCCAGAACUCCUGAAGAAAAAAUAAGAAGCACUGCUGCCACCACGGCUGUCCCCACCACCACACGCCCAACGAAUGAAGGCACGACCGUCAUCGCAACCACCACCAGGACCUCUCCCCCUCAGACUGAAGGCACAACCACCAUCAUCGUCACACCCACACCAACAGUGCCCACACCAGCCACCAGCACAGCCAGCACCUCCAGGACCACGGUGGGAAGCACCACAACACCCUCAGCCAAAACUGCGCCAGGAGAAACCUCCACUGUGGCAACCCAGGCUCCGACUUCUGCCACAACCGCUUCCAGAACUCCUGAAGAAAAAAUAAGAAGCACUGCUGGCACCACGGCUGUC